AGUUUUUUUUUUCCCCCACUCCCCGACUGUUUCCAUCAGCGGAUCUUCAUCGGGAAGUGAGCGGUUGUGACUCGUGUGUGAAGACCCUCGGCGACCUCGCCUACCAGCAGAGAUGGCGAAGAGUUCAUCCAGAAAGUCCCUGAAAAGUUUGUUCUCCAGGAGCGAAGCCAGCCUGGACGCCCCGCCGCCGGUGGUGGAGAAGGAUGUGGACAAGAAUGAGGGAGAGAAGAAGAAGUUUAGGUUCUUUAAGUUCAAGAUCAAGUCGAAGAGCGGCUCUGCCUCCGAGAAGCCGGCUGGUGGGAGCCAGCAGGUGCUCAGUGCUCUUGAGCCCAGUAACACUGCAGAGGAUGAAGAGGCCUGGGCUGACAACAUUGUCUCGGACAACAAGAGGUCCUCUCUCUAUGGCACAGCACCCAGGUCAAAGGGCAAAGAACUCAGCUACUCAGAGUCAGACCUCCAUAAGCCCAAAAGGUUUGCUACCUUUUCUUUUGGUCUCAGAAAGAAGAAGAAGAAAUAUGAAGAGAAUAUCUCUAAGAGCACGUUUGGCCUUCAUAGUUCGGGCAUUGAAGAGCAAGAGGAGCCUCCUCUGGACCUCAGUCAGCUGGAGUUGGACCAGCCUGACUCUAAGAUGCUCAGUAUGUCACAACCAGAGCUUGACACCAGCGAUAUAUUUGACAUCCCUUCUCCUCCCCCUGUAGCCACAAACCAGUCAGAAUCAUAUUUCCCUCUCCUUAACCAGUCGCAGUCAUCUGUCGCUAUAAACACCCAACCAGAAGCAAAGGAGCCUCUGACAAAUGGCUCAGAUCUUGUCUAUGUGCAUGAGGAACUGCAGAGAGCACCGAUUGCUACCAUUCCUGAACUGCAGCUGGAUAAUCCAGACUCAUCAGAAGAGAAAGAGAACAUUCCGGUUCAUGAUCACUCAUUCAAAAGUAAUUCAAAUGCAUCUGCCCUCUCAACUCAUACAGAAACCACCUCUGCUGUUGAGCAGACUGCACCUAGCCUUCCAGGUAGCCAGCCUCCAAUCAUGCUUCACACCUCAGAUCACAAAGCAGCAGUUGCUGACUCAGUCUGCACAAGCAACAGCCCGAGUGACAAUAACAUCCUCCAGCAGUCUUUCACAAACACAGAAACCUCUCUUGCUGAAUCCACCAGAGUUACAUUCCCACAUCAUCAACCUGAUGCCCCUGACAUAGCUGACAGUACAACCCCAAAUAGUAAACCCUCCCUAGCGGGUGUUGACUCCAAAGUUGACGCCUCUAUUCCAGAGUCAACUCCUGUUCCUCACGCUGACAACUCAGCUCUCAACGCAGAUUCAGCUCGUGUCCAUCAAGAACUCUCAAUUUCUCACACUGAGAAAAGAUCUAUUCCUGAAACUGUCACCACAACCUCAGCUGAUAGCGAUGAAAAGCGCGCUCGUCCUGUCAAUGAAGAUGCAGUUUAUGGAGCGUUGUAUGAGUCACUUUUCCCUCAUAGUUUUACCUCGGGGGUAACGUCAUCUCUUUCAACCCCUCCAACUCUAAUCCGUACCGAGAUAAGACAUCUUAACACCAAAUCAGAACCUGUUAAAACCCUUAAUGAGUGUCACACUGAUACUAAUUUGAUAUACUCUCGCCUGUCAACUUCACGUGAGUUUGACUCCGCUGCUGGCAGAAUGGAUUAUGCUGUAAGUGGUUACACUAACAUAAAUGCCACCUUCAGCGAGAGAAAUGUGAUUUCUUCUAGUGAGAGCUCUAGAUUUACCUCUUACCAAACGUCUAGUGCUUCUGAGCCUUACAGAGACCCAGAUAUCCACUACAGAUAUCUACCUUCCUCUCACCAUUCAGAAUCUGAACCAGUUGACAGCAAUAACAUUCCUUACUCAGAGCUGACCUGCUCUCUUUCAGAGGUAAAAUCAGACCGUUUCAGCCUCAGGUCAGUCCCUGUGGUUCAAAACUCUGCCCCUCCUGUUUCUGACUACGUAACUUCCCCAGGGACAGAUACUCCGGUUACUGACUCCAUACGGAGAGUGAUCCUAGUCAAAGAGUUAGUCACAGACGAGACGAGCACUGAUCCUGGAUGUCCCUCUCUUGUGCCUGAAAAAAUGAGUGCAGCGAAGGGCCUUGAGAUAAAAAUUGAAGCAACAAAGAGUUUUUCUGCUCCUUCAGGACAGACGGAUGGGUACGAUGGGCCUUUAAGUCCAACAUAUCUGAGUGUAGGAUCAGAUGAUAGCAGUGCCAUGGAGAUCUACUACAGUGCUGAAGAGGAAAAUGCAGAGAGUGGGAAUGAAGAGAUGUACACAGUGGAUGAAAGAGAAGAAAUUAGCAUUGUAGACGGGAUGAAAGAAGUUGUCGGGCUGCGUGAGGAGUUUCCACAGCAGGGGGAGAUUACAGAAAGACUGAUAAGCAAGAGACAUGGUGGAGAAUUGAGUGUGGUAAUUAUUAAAAGGCAGAACGAGGUAGGCAUAAUGGGCGAUGAAGAAAAGGAGGAGGACGUCCGCAGCCGAACUGAAGUGCAGCAACAACUAAGAGUUCAGGGUUUAGAAGCUCGAGUGCAGGAAACUGAAACGUCUGAGUUUCUUGUGGGCAGUGAUGCAGAUAGUCAGGAGAAAGAAGUAGCAACCACAGCGUUUCUACAAUUGAAAGAAGAGGGGCAGGAGGAGAGAAAGGAGGAGUUACUGGCCACACCGGUUCAGCAGGUGAACACACUGAUGGUAUGCGAUGUUGCUCCACCCUCCAGUGAGCCACAUGGACAGGGGGAAGGGUCAGAGGAAAACUGGACCGAGGAAUUGGAAACAGAAGACGCCCCUAAUGGAAAGAACCAACUCUUAAGCCAGGAGAAACUAUAUUUGGCUUACAAAGACACUAGGAGUUCUGAAUGUAUACAUGCUGCUUCCAGUAACGCAAGAGAGGAAGACACAAUCACACCCAAAUUUAGAGAGACUGAAGAGCAAGUUUCACUUACUGCAGAAGCAGACACAAGAGGUGAGGCAAGUGAAGAAAGCACAGAAACCAGCAGUAACAUCGCAACAAGUACAGUCACAGACACUUGUGGUGGAGUAGAGGUUGUCACAGGCACUUUGACACACGGCGCUGAACUGCAAUCAGACACCACAGAGCUUGAACACAAUAGGGCUCUGCAGAGUAGUGAGUGGGUGGAUACAAUUACUCAGAGCACAGACAGAACCAGGACUGUGCAACAACAGGUAGCAGUUGAGCUGUCAGCCCCACACGCAGACACACACCAUCCUGACACCAAAGCUGCAGACACACUCUCAGAGGGACACAAGCAUCCGCCAGAAGCCCAACCUGACCUGAAUCAGGGGUCCCUGACAGCUUCAAGGACACCCACGGCAGCUUCAGAAGUCUUUGCUGCAGAACAUCAGCCCACUAAAGCUCACCAGGAAUCGGUUGACAAAAUGAAUUCAGGCUACAGCAGCCUGAGCACCAAACUAUACAUAAAGAAUUCAUCUCCCCCUAGAGAGGAUGAAUCCAAACAUCGUGUCCGUAAAGUAUCUCUGAUCAAUGAGUCUGAUGCCACUGAGGCUAGCCAGGAUGCAGUGGACUUUAGCACAACAAGCACCACUGUGACUGAAUUAAAUGGAGAAGAUCCUGAGUUCAAAUGGAGAAAUAAAUUUGAGGGGGUUUCUCAGUAUAAACCGUACAAAACAGAAGAUUAUUCUUUUUCUGAUUCUCUGAGUUACAGAAUGUCUGACAGCUACUUUGGUACCUCCUCCUUGUCCUCCUCCUCUGCUCUUUCCGAGGCUACGACAUACAAAUAUCAUGGCAACGCCUUUUCCUCCUCCUCCUCCUCCUUCUCCUCCCCCUCUGCAGAGGAACACAUUACCCUUGACGACAGGCUGAAUGACAGGACUGAAGUUUAUCUGAGCCGUGAGAGCGAGCUGGCGGGAGAGCAGAAAGAUGAGUGGAGGAGAAGCUUAGUGGAGCAGGAGGAGCCUGCUGCACCUGCAGGUGAAAGAGAGCCACAGAGAGAGGGAGAGGCAGAGAGCAUAAAGUCACGCUGGGACUCACAACAGCUCCCUGUGUCCCGCCUCUCCUCAGCACAACAAACCAGCUACGACUACACUGACAGUUUCAAGGAGGAGGACGACGACUCAUCCCAAUUUACUGGAGUGUUCCAGGCCACACUCGUAGAUCUGGUCUCCGACCCCGCAGCUCCCCUCUCCACUCCCCCUGCCUCCCCCGACGCUGACUCCCCCAUUCAGUUUGACAUGGAUAGCCUGGUGGAUACCCUGAAGAGCAUGGCACCUUCCCUGAGGCCGAGGAGCACGGGCAUACGUGCGCCUCCUCCGGUCCUCAUCUCCUCCCUGCCACCAAUUGUCGAGGAUGCUCCCAGCCCUGUCACCUCUGACAUCCCUGCCUUCCUCACCAGUCCCACAAAAAAGAUGGAAGCAACUGGCAAGCCUGAUGAGCCCCUCAACGGACUUUACACUCUGCCUGCUGACCUGGGACUAAAGAGGAGCUCUCCCAGAGACACUCGUUCACCACUGGAACUGAUGAAGCUGAGCCAGCAGGACCAGCAGCAGCCUGGAACCAGAGGUCUGAACUUGCCCCUGAGAGCAUCUGCUACCAACAGCAUUGUAAUGAGAAAAUCCUCUGACUCUUCUCCUGAGGACUUACAAUCCCAAGUGCUCAAUGGAAACGGAGUUCUUCCGUCUUCCAGCACUGGCUCCCGCCUAGACAACAGUGUCAUCUUUGGAAGCCUCAGAUCAGCAUCCAUAGAUCAGACAUUGGAAAACAAACAGGCCAAUCACUCACUCUUCCACACCAGCUCCCUACCUGAAACAGGGUCUUUAAAUGAUCGCAUGAGUUUGGGACCGAAGGAGGUUGAACUGGGCACUGGAACAGACCCAGUGGGGUCCCGCUUUGACCGCUUCUCCUUCCUUUUGAACUCCUCAUCCUCCACAUCAGGCUCCUUGACCGGGAUUGAAGACUCCUACGCUCGUCUGAGUCGGCCUCCACAGCCGAGCAUCAGCUCGCCACCCUCCAGCAACAGUCCCACCCGCCUCCUCAGUCCCACUGGCUCCAUAGACCUCCAAAGGCCAUUUACCACCACAGACUCUCCCCUAUCAAUGUUUAGCCAGACACAAGGGAUAGGGGUAGGUGUAGGUGUAGGUACUGGGGGACUGGGCACUCACAUCCUGCACAGAAGCUUCAGUAGUGAGGACACCAUGGGGGUCCAGCAGACUUCAUUGUUCAACAGUGUGCAUGGAGGGUCUCAGUUUCAGAGCCAAGAACCUGAGAGGACUUUAGUAUCGAAAUACAGAGCCUUCCCUGAUGCUUAUCUCACCAAAGAGAAGGAACAUGGGAAGCUCAAUCCUCGUCCUGGAAAGAUGUAUAUCUUUGACCGGCCAGGGAUGUGUGGCCAGAGGAUCGAGGUACGUGGUGACGUCAUUGAUGCUACGCCAUGGGAGCUGCAGGAGACCAUCUCCAUCAGGGUCAUCAGGGGAGGAUGGGUGCUGUAUGAGAAACCUAACUUCAAAGGGGAGAAAAUCGCUCUAGACGAGGGAGACAUAGAGCUCACCUGCCCCUUCAACCCUCCGGAGGAGCAGCUGCAGAACGGACAGAAGGAGGGUGAAGUGCAGAAUCGAGAGCAGAACGGAGAGCAGAAUGGAGAAACAAGCGAUGGGCAGACAGAGACCAAGCCGACUAGAAGGUUCAUCAUCGGAUCUGUUCGGAGAGCUGUCAGGGACUACAGCGUCCCAGAAAUCAGUCUUUUCCCAGAAGAGAAUGCAGAGGGGAAGAAGGUCAUCUUCAGAGAUACAUCUGACGAUGCCAGGAUUUUUGGCUUCCCCGUCAAGGCUAACUCUAUCAUCAUCAAUGCUGGGCUAUGGCUCGUGUACGCACAUCCCUUCUUCCAGGGCCUACCACGUGUCCUGGAGGUCGGGGGGUAUUCCAACCCUGCAGCCUGGGGCGUGGAACAGCCCUAUGUUGGAUCACUACAUCCACUCAAAGUAGGUGAACCAAGAGUGGAAAAUAUGAGUGAACCAAAGAUGGUGAUCUACGACAAGCCAUACUUCAGUGGGAAAUCGAGGACCAUAACCUCAAACACGAGAGACUUCAUGACGAGAAUAGACAGGCAGCAGACGGCCUUCAUGUACAGCGUUGGCUCCCUUAAAGUACUGGGAGGAAUCUGGGUGGGCUACGAGAAGGAGGGCUUCCGAGGCCACCAGUACCUGCUGGAGGAGGGAGAGUACCAUGACUGGAGGGUGUGGGGAGGCUGUGAUUCUGAGCUGCGCUCCAUUAGGGUGAUACGAGCGGACCUGACAGACCCCUUGAUGGUGAUGUUUGAACAGCCAGAAGAAGAUCAGGAGGGCAUGCAGGAGGAGAACAGCUUUGAAGUGACAGAAGCCAUUCCUGACGUUGAACUGUUUGAGUACAAGACCUCCACCCGCUCCAUCCAUGUACUCAGUGGGGCAUGGAUAGCUUAUUCCCAUGUAGACUUCUCUGGGAACCAGUACAUCUUAGAGAAAGGAUUCUACAAUAACUGUGCUGACUGGGGUUCUCAGGACACUCGCAUCUGCUCAGUGCAGCCCAUCCUACUGGCUCCAACUGACAGCUCAAAGAUCAGGAAAGAGGUAAUACUGUACUCUGAGCCAGACUUCCAGGGUGAAUGUCACAUCUUUGACCGAAACCAGGAAGCAGUGUCAGAAAAACUCCUGACCAAGUCGUGCCGAGUGUCUGGGGGAAGCUGGGUGUUCUAUGAGAAUAAACAGUACUCCGGGAACAUGUAUGUCUUGUCUGAAGGAGACUACCCAAAUCUAACCAGCAUGGGAUGUCCACCUGGCUUCACCAUACGUUCUGUCAAGGCCGUGCCAGUGACUUUCUCAGUUCCUUCCAUCUCUCUGUUUGGCCUUGAGUGUCUGGAGGGGAGGGAGAUCACCACAGAUACAGAGAUCCUCAGCAUGGUUGAAGAGGGCUUCAACAACCACAUUCUGUCUGUCAGAGUCAACAGCGGCUGUUGGGUUAUAUGUGAACACAGCAACUACAGGGGGCGCCAAUUCCUACUCGAGCCAAUUGAAAUCACCAACUGGCCGAAGUUUAGCUCACUACAGACUGUUGGCUCAGUGUUUCCAGUCAGACAGAAGCGCCGCUUUUUCCGCAUCAAGAACAAAGAGCGAGGUCACUUCAUGUCCAUCCAGGGCGGCGUGGAGGAGAUGAAAUCAGGGCGUGUGGUGGUGUCCCCAGAAGUGGAGCCAAUGAGUGACAUCUGGUUCUAUCAGGAUGGCUUCCUCAAGAGCAAGUUGUCCCCAACCAUGAGCCUUCAGGUGAUGGGAAACAUAGAGCCAGCAGCCAAGGUGGUUUUGUGGACAGAGACCCGGCAGCCUAUCCAGACCUGGACGGCCCAGAUGAGAGGCCUCAUCACCAGCCUUACUUUCCCUGGCAUGGUCCUGGAUGUCAAAGGUGGCAAAACUUACGACAAGGACCAUGUGGUGAUUUCUCCGGAGAACGAAGAGAGGCCAAGCCAGCAGUGGGAAAUAGAGCUGCUCUAACCUGCUAUAAAAACCCUCAUGUUUCUCUUCGCUAAGCUUUCCUCAGCAGUGCUUCUCUUGACAACUACAGAAUAUUUAUACUGCGAACUAACACUGCAACUUCCUUAUUUAUUCCAGUGCCUUCACCUCCAUAUCCCUUUGUAACUAGUAUGAACACGGCAACAUUAAAAGUGUGAUGAAGCAAUACAAACCCUGAAAAGCUGCACCAGACAGUUGCUUUGCAAAGUUUUGUGUUUUUGUUAGUUCGUACUAACUGUAAUUUUCUGUAGGCACUCUAACAAAGAAUAGUGUAAGUGCCUUGACCUGCUGCAGCAACUUCAUCAUCACAAAGUCAGAAUAAAUGUAUUUUUGAGAAAGCUCAAAAAUAAUAAUAAGCUACUGUAUUCCAGUAGAACCAUUCCUCAUCAGACCAAUUCCACAUCUUUGACUUUGACCUUUAGCUGAUGUCAACAAUUUGUUUAUUCAAACUAGAAUCUCCCUGUUUGUAUGAUUCCAGGCUCAUGCAAAUUUCCUGACUGUAUAAGCACUAGCACUAGUUGAUGCUUUUAUAAUUUUGUUUACUAUGGAGCAAACCAAGUUUUAGUUGCCUCUGGGACGAUCAGCAAGUGGCUACCAAUACUUCAUACAGAUAGUGGACAAUUGAAGCCAAACAAUUGUGUAGUGUGCAAGAAAUGUAUACUAUGCUUUUUUUUAAAGUAUUUUUUAUAUAUGCACUGUAUUUAUCAAUGUUUGCUUUGUGGGAAAUGUUGCCGUUUUAAAUGCAGUAUAUCACAUUGCAUUGUGCAGUGCAAUGAAAUGGGUUAUGUGUGUCCAGUUAUUCUAUUUCUUGUUGUAUUUUUGUCAAAUUGUUACAGAAAAAUAUAUGUUACCUGCAUCAGUUGUAUGUUAAUAUUUGAUACUAAAGAUAUAAUGUAAAAAGGUUAUGUAAGAGGGAGUGGUUUUAAAAUAAUAAAUAAAAAUUGA